AUGGAAUGGCCCUUACGUAGAACCGCGCGGUUCGUCUUCGCCGGCGGCGGGAAGGACGCGUCGACGGGCGAGCCCGCGCCGUUCUGGGUGAAGGUGGACGCGACGCUCGAGGGCGAGCCGUCCGACGCGAGGGUGGUGGCGUCGCGAGGCGGCGGCGGCGGCGCCGGCGGCGGCGUCUCUCGCGCGACGAUGCGAUGGGAGGCGCUCGACGACGACGCGCCGUGUCCCGCGACGACGCCGUAUCUCACUUCCGGCGCGCUCGUCGUCUCGCCCGGCGACGACGCGUCGGGCUGGCUGCCUCCGGGCGAAUGGAAGACGCUCGUCAACGCGUCGCCGAGCGAGUUCACGGUGGCGCCGACGGAGGUGCCGCGCGACGCGUGGAAGAUCGCGCCCGCGGUCGCGUCGUCGAAGGACGACGAGGUCGAAGUCGACGUCAAAGUCGCCGUCGCCGCCGACGUCGCCGCCGACGCCGACGUCGACGCUCGUUCGCCUCCCUCGACGCUGAGGUGCGUUCUAUACACUGGUCCCCAUACGACCGCGUCGGCGUGGUGA